CUGGUGCCUGAGGCAAGGGAUGAAAUGAAUCACUCUGCAGUAUCAGAGUUUGUGUUCCUGGGACUUACUAAUUCAUGGGCAGUGCAGCUUCUUCUUUUUAUUUUCUCCUUGUUGUUUUACUUUUCAAGCAUGAUGGGCAACCUUGUCAUUGUGUUCACUGUAACUUUUGAUGCUCAUCUGCAAUCUCCCAUGUACUUCCUCCUGGCUAACCUCUCAGUUAUUGAUAUGGCAUUUUGCUCCAUCACAGCCCCUAAGAUGAUUUGUGAUAUUUUCAAGAAGCACAAAACUAUCUCCUUUUGGGGUUGUAUUACCCAGAUCUUCUUUAGUCAUGCUGUUGGGGGCACUGAGAUGGUGCUGCUCAUAGCCAUGGCAUUUGACAGAUACAUGGCCAUAUGUAAACCUCUGCACUACCUGACCAUCAUGAGUCCAAGAAUGUGCAUAUACCUUUUAGUCACUUCUUGUAUCAUUGGCAUGCUCCAUUCACUGGUCCAACUAGUUUUUGUGGUAGAUUUACCUUUCUGUGGUCCUAAUAUAUUUGACAGUUUUUACUGUGAUCUUCCUCGGCUCCUCAGACUUGCAUGCACAAAUACUCAAGAACUCGAGUUCAUGGUCACUGUGAAUAGUGGGCUCAUUUCUGUGGGCUCUUUUGUCCUGCUGAUUAUUUCCUAUAUCUUCAUUCUGGUCACUGUUGGGCAACACUCUUCUGGUGCUUUAUCCAAAGCCCUCUCUACUCUGUCAGCUCAUGUCACUGUAGUCAUCUUGUUCUUUGGGCCACUGAUGUUUUUCUACACAUGGCCUUCCCCUACAUCACACCUGGAUAAAUAUCUUGCUAUUUUUGAUGCAUUUAUCACUCCUUUUUUGAACCCAGUCAUAUAUACAUUCAGAAACAAAGACAUGAAAGUCGCAAUGAAGAGAUUGUAUACUCAUCUUGUACAUUAUGGGAAGAUUUCAUAA